GCAUCGAUUCCGAAACCACUGUGGCAUCGGCAGCCGUUUCCUUUCUCUUUUCCUGUUUGACCACGACUUGGGUCAUAACAAAGUCUAAUCAUGGUAAACACAAAGGGUUACCGCCGCGGUACGCGGUACAUGUUCGCUCGGGACUUCAGGAAACGCGGAGUCGAGCACCUGUCCACCUACCUUCGUGUCUACAAACGAGGAGACUACGUUGACAUCAAGGGAAACGGUGCCUUCCAAACUGGCCUGCCACACAAGUCCUACCACGGACGCACCGGUCGUGUUUUCAAUGUGUCGCAUCGUGCGCUAGGUGUGAUCGUUAACAAACGAGUCAGGGCCAGGAUCAUCCCCAAGAGGAUAUACAUCCGCGUCGAGCACGUCAAGCCCUCCCAGUGCCGCAAGGACUUCUUGGAGCGUAUCAAUAAGAACGAUCCCCUCCGGGCUGAGUUGAAGAAGCAGGGCAACAAAAACAAGAUCACCAUCAAGCGUGAGGUUGGCCAACCCCGCAAGCAGCACGUUGUCCGUGCCAAGCACGAGAUCCAGCUGGUCAGGCCCAUCCCGUACGAGUUCAUGGCUUGAAUAAAACCUUGAAACUGU